UAACCUAUAAAAUAAAUUCAAGUCAGUGUUGUGUGUCAAGGGCUAAAUUUGUUCAUCCUCGUGCUGGCUUACAGACUGACAUUUAUGUAACAAAAAGCACAAAGCACAGACAUGUUAAAACGAAGAAAAAUUGAUUUUGGAGCUUCCAUUGAACGACUAAAAACAUCCUCCAUAGAAAGAAAGAAAAUAGUUUCUGAUAAUCUAGAUCUAGACUAUAUUAGGCUUCUGCCACAGGAGUUGGCCACUGAGUUACUGAAGCAGUUAGAAGACUCAAUAGAGUACUUGGAUGGUGAAUUCUCUAAGGUAAAAGUUUUUGGAAAGUGGCACCAAAUACCCAGACAACAAGCUGCAUAUGGAGAUGAGGGCACAGUUUAUCGAUUUUCGGGUGUAACUAUUCCGGCCAAACCGUGGACUGAACCUCUCGAGUUAGUUAGAAAUUUAAUAAAAGAGGUCACUGGGUUCACUUACAAUUUUGUCUUAAUUAAUAAGUACAGGGACGGUAAAGACCACAUUGGAGAACACAAAGAUAACGAAGCAGAACUUGACAAGAACACACCUAUAGCUUCUUUAUCACUAGGACAACAAAGGGUGUUUGUGCUUAAGCACCAAGAUACUAGAAAGAAAGGUCCGGCUAAGCGGGAUAUCGCCAAAGUUGAAGUGGAAUUGCAGCACGGAAGCCUUCUUCUAAUGAACCCACCCACUAACAGUUUUUGGUAUCAUUCUCUGCCCCCUAGGAAGAAUGCGCCGGGUGUCAGAAUUAACCUAACUUUUAGAAAAAUUAACAAUUAAAGUCAUUAAGUUUGUACGAAACAAUGUAUACAGUUUAUUUUUUGAUAAUAAUUUAAUUUUUAAGUUA